AUGGCAAAACAUCUGAAGUUCAUUGCCAGGACUGUGAUGGUAAGGGAAAGGAACAUGGAAGGUGCAUACAGGACCCUAAGCAGAAUCCUCACUAUGAAUAGGCUGAUUGAGGGCACUAAGCCUCGGCAGUACUAUGAGAAGCCAUGCUGCUGGCGACAGAGGGAAAGCUAUGAAAGGUGCUGGUGGAUCUACGGCAUGGAAAUGGCUCGCAAGAUCAACUUUUGA